CUUUUAUUCUCUAUUUGCAUUUCAAAUGGCUUACUUUGCUUAUAUCGCCCUUGAUUGGGAGAUAGGUCGAAGCCGCUGCGCAAACUAUAAGUAGAAGCUCAGACUCCAGAUCAGGAACCAUUUCCUUCCCCAACUGUCAAUUGCAGCACAGUAUUCUUGGCAACUCGUUUGUUUGUACCAUCGCCAUGUCUUCGAACGCCACACUUCCGGACCUAGCCAAAGCCGGCAUCAGCUUGCCAAAUACACCUCUAAUUAGAGGUGCUUUGGGUCACCUCAAGAAAUACACGAGCCCGACCACCGUUAAUCACUGCAUCCGCAGUGCAUACUUUGCCAUCUUACUGUCGCGCAAGAUCCCACGCAGCAGCUCCGAACCACUCGACGUCGAGCUGAUUGUAUUCUCGACUAUCAUGCAUGACUUGGGCUGGGCAACCGACAAGACAUUGCUUUCCAAAGACAAGCGUGUUGAGGUGGAUGGCGCAAACAUGGCCCGCAGUUAUCUCGAAGAAGUCAAGCUCUCAAAUGGUUGGGACAAGCAUCGGACUCAGUUGAUGUGGGAUGCCAUCGCAUUGCACGCCACGCCAUCUUUUGCACUGCAUAAAGAGGCUGAAGUAAAGAUUGCGCAUAUUGGCAUCAUGGCUGAUUUCUGGGGGCCGAAUUACCCUGGUUACCCAAUCACGAUCGAGGAAAACAAAGAGAUCGUGGACGCCUUUCCUCGUCUUGGUUUCAAGGAGCAGUUCCUUGACAUCAUGUGCGGUCUAUGUGCUUUGAAGCCUGGAACUACGUACGACAACUUUGUGGCCGAUUAUGGUGUUGAAUUCGGGCUCGAUGGUAAGGGGACUGACAAAGAAGAUUUUGCGAAGAAGCGUUUCGCGCUGAGUUCUCCACAAAUAUUUUACCCUGCCAUUGGUUCAUAUGAACAAGAUGGGGAUUAA